GAUCCAAUUAAGACGUGCACAUAGUAAGCCAUAGGAUAUCGAGUUGAUCCUGAGGAUGAAGUGGUACCAAGAAGAAAGAGCGAGAUGAGGAAGCGCCAGAGCAAAGUAGGAAGGAGUCACAGAGAAGUGACAGCGCAAACAGGGCAGUUGGCGCCACUUCGGGUUAUGAGCAAAUAAACGCUUUCCUAUUCCCACCCAGAAGGGAGGAGACAGCUGCUCAGGCUACGCGGGACAGGGGCAGAGAGACAGUCCAGAGAGACUGCAGGAUAACGCCCACGGCAGCCCGGAGAUAUCGCUGAGCGCACAAGUAGCUGCCGAGGAGAAAGAAGGAUCUGCGAUCCUGGUGUGUGGAGCCCGGGGCGGUGUCGCACAUGGCAGCACUCGGGGAAGCACUGUGAUAUCGAGCGAUUGUCUUACGUUAUUGGAGCCGAUGGCAUACACAUACACUUCCUCCCCCUCGGGCCCUGUUGGGAGUCAGUAUUGUGUCUGUAGGGUGGAACUCUCAGUCUCCUGCCAAAAUCUUCUGGAUCGGGAUGUAGCUUCCAAGUCUGACCCAUUCUGUGUUUUAUUUCAGGAAGUUAAUGGAAAAUGGUCUGAGAUCGACAGAACUGAAACAACAGUCAACAACCUAAAUCCUGUGUUUGCCAAAAAGUUUACCAUCAACUAUCACUUUGAAGAAGUGCAGAAAUUAAAAUUUGCCUUAUUUGACCAAGACAAGUCAAGCACUCAGCUCUACGAGCAUGACUUUCUGGGGGAAUUCUCAUGCACACUUGGAAUGAUUGUAUCCAGCAAAAAGAUAACACGACCUCUGAUUCUGGGGAACGGAAAGCCAGCAGGGAAGGGAGUCAUAACGGUAAUUGCUCAGGAACUGUCUGAUAACAGGGUGAUAACAUUGUACAUGGCUGGAAGGAAGCUGGACAAAAAGGACCUGUUUGGGAAGUCUGAUCCAUUUUUAGAAUUUUAUAAGCAAGGAGAUGAUGGAAAAUGGAUGCUGGUCCACAGGACAGAGGUUAUAAAGUACACUCUGGACCCAGUAUGGAAGCCAUUCACAGUACCCUUACAGUCUUUGUGUAAUGGAGACAUUGAGAAGCCGAUAAAGGUUGUGUGCUUAGAUUAUGAUAAUGAUGGAGGACAUGAUUUUAUUGGAGAAUUUCAGACCACUGCAAUCAAAAUGUGCGAGUCUCGUGAUUUCCAACCUGUAGAGUUUGAAUGUAUCAAUCCAAAAAAACAAAAGAAAAAACGAAGCUAUAAAAAUUCUGGAAUAAUAAUUAUCAAAUCUUGCAAGAUAACAAGAGAUUACACAUUUCUUGAUUAUAUUCUUGGAGGAUGUCAGCUAAUGUUUACAGUUGGAAUUGAUUUUACUGCAUCAAAUGGAAACCCUAGAGAUUCAUCAUCUCUGCAUCAUAUUAACCCCAUGGGAACUAAUGAAUACCUGUCUGCCUUAUGGUCCGUUGGACAGAUUAUUCAAGAUUAUGAUUCAGAUAAGUUGUUUCCUGCUUUGGGCUUUGGUGCACAACUUCCGCCUGACUGGAAGGUGUCUCAUGAAUUUGCCAUUAAUUUUAAUCCUACAAGUCCCUUCUGCUCAGGAGUGGAAGGAAUAAUCGAGGCCUACUCAGCUUGUUUGCCUAACAUACGGUUUUAUGGACCAACAAAUUUCUCUCCGAUAAUCAACCAUGUUGCACGAUUUGCUGCCCAAGCAACACAGCAAGAAGCUGCAGCACAAUAUUUUAUCCUCCUCAUUAUAACAGAUGGUGUCAUAAGUGACAUGGAUGAAACCCGACAUGCUAUUGUACAAGCCUCCAAGCUGCCCAUGUCCAUUAUAAUCAUUGGGGUAGGAAACGCAGACUUCUCUGCCAUGGAGUUCCUUGAUGGAGACAACCGAGUGCUGAGAUCGAAUACUGGUGAAGAAGCAUCACGUGAUAUUGUACAGUUUGUGCCGUUCAGGGAAUUUCGCAAUGCACCCAAGGAAACUCUGGCUAAAGCGGUUCUGGCAGAACUUCCUCAGCAAGUGGUGGACUAUUUCAAGAACCAUAACCUGCCUCCAAUUAAGUCUGACAGUGUAUAGCUGUUCCUUCCAACUGCCCACAAGCAAUGAGACCUGUAUUCAUUAUUUGUAUUUGCCCACCCUGCCCAAAUGAACGAGUACCUCACUGCUUGCCACAUGGAUGGCAUCUUCCUCAUAAUGGAAAUCUGCAAGUGUGUUUUACAGGGUUGGAGGGAGGGUAGGGGGUAUUUUUAUCUUAUGUUAUUGUCAAUUGGUGAGGAGGUCCAGUGCCAAAUUAUUCAGGGCCACAAUAUGUAUAUUUUCCAUUAAAUAACAGUGUUCAUUUAUUGGUUAAUAGCUAAGUUCUCAAAGCUUAUAGACCCCUCUUUUCUCACAUCUAUUUUUAUUUCUGUUUUAAAUUAUCGUAACUAUCCUUUAAAAAAAGCAAAUGCAUUUUUGUCUAUAUUAAUGUCUUUGUUAUUGUCUUUGACAAAAACUUACUGGUUAAAAAUAAUAAUACAUGCCAACCAGAGGUUGCCACAGAGGGCUAAGGACUGAGCAUCAAUGUCAAAAAAUAUUUUUAAAAAUAACCCCUAGUUGAAUUAAAUAAUAUUGCAAAUAUUUUAACCUACAAUAAAAAUAUAAAAAAUAAAAAUGUAAAUUGUAGAUUUUAAAUGUAUUUUAAAACAAAACUACAUAGCAUUGUACAGUGCCACUAUUAAGCCAUUAAACCUUCUUUGUUAUAUACAACAACAAAUCAGUCAAUCAGCCAUAUUUCAAGCCUUUCUGACAAAUAAGUAUCCACUGUGAAUCUCCUCCUCGUUGUCAUUUAAGCUGGACUUUCAUGUCUGUCUAGAAGAACAAACAGACAUUCUCCCCAAAUUUUACCCUAAGUGGCCUUCAGGUCGAGCCCUGUUGCUCCAGGUUCCCCCAGGGGGCAGCCGCACAGUUUGGGAACCACUAACCAUAAGUUGCAUCAAACUAUACUCAAAAUAAAUAUCUGAACAAACUCAUGUGCAAGGCAUUUUCUGAGUAGCGAUGCUUCUUCACCUCAUGUAUCUGCAAACAUAAUUUGCGGAAAAACAGUACCAAGUGCCAAUAAAUUCUAAAGGUUACACAAGUGCUAAAGACUCAGACGAUUACUGCUAGGCACCAAAGGGGCCAACUGGUAAAAGCAGCUACAUAGUAAUUCUUUGAUUAUGUCAGAGUGACAUGCAUACUUAAAGGUUUAGAUAUUUAUAGUCAAUAUAAGAAGUCAAAUCAAGACCAAGGUUUAUUACAGUGCAUAGAAAUAAUGCUGUGCUGUUGUCUGAUGCAUUUUGUAUGCAAUCAGUAUGCAUCUGUUAGACAUGGGUGAACCCCCAUGGUGGUCUUUCCCUAACCUUCCCUUCUGAUUCCCUAUACAGUAGAAAAGGAAGGGGAGAGGGAAUGAUCAUAAACAUGUAUAAGCCCAACAUCUUAGUACAGGCCAUGCUUGUUGCCUCUUUCCACUGGGAAAAUAAGAACAGGGGAGAUGGCCCAAAAUUUGCCAAACUGCCUGCACACUUUUAUCCCUGUGGGAACUAAAACAUACGGUUCCUCAUCACUAAAUGUGAGGCCAACUUAGUGAGCACAGCCCGAGGCUUUGUGUGUGCAAAACAACAUUCCUAUACAACCAGUUAAGUAGUACCCAUUUAAUGAUAUAUAUAUAUAACAUUUUAUAUAUUUAAUUGUAAUUACAGAGAAAUGAAAUGACACCUCUUUGAUAUGAAUGCUUAUUUCCAGUUUUCAUGGGUAAGAAGAUUUUAGCUUUAGUUUUUUCUAAAUUUAUAACCUGCUGACUGGUGGCCAAAGAGAAGUUUCAACCCAGUACAGUAAAUUGCACACACAAUAAUAAUAGUUACAUUUCUUGAGCUUUAAAGAAAUGCAAAAAUCUAGUAUAAUGUGCCAUUCCAUACCAUAAGUCAGGAUUGUGUUCUGUAAUGGAAAUGGCACUGGGCCUAGGGCUGGCCUCAGCACUGCAGAUAAUAUUUGAAUGAGACACAAGGGAGCCCUUGUAUAAACAAAAGUGCAAUAAGAGUGAUGGGUAGUGUGUUAAUAUGGGAAUAAGUCCUUGUACAUAUAAACUGCCUCAUUGGUCUGUCUUUCUAUAGCUACUUUUGUCGGUUCUGCUUCUGAACUUGUAAUUAUCUAGAGGCUUUUGCUUUUUAAGUCAGUUUCUCUGUAUAUUAGGGCACCUCCUAAAUGUCAUCUUCCCAUAUAGGUGUAUUCAGUUACUAUUCUUUACAUGCCAAAGUUGUGUUGCAAGGAAAGUGGUAGCAGUGCUGGCAGUGACGGAGUCUGAGACUGAUAUAUGGGCAUUUUAUGUACAGAUGUACAUUUCUGUAUAUAGAUUUGUGUGAUUGGCUUUGUGAAAUGGAGGGUACCCAGAACCAUCCUACAGCUUGGCGCCAGAGUAAGAACAUUGCGUUUGUUGCUGCCUUCCCAGGCAGUGCAAGAUUUGACAGCUCCUCCUAUCGGAGGUAAAAUGACAUUUUGUAUAUGUUUCCUCUAUUGUAUUUUGCAGAUCUGAUUUUGGCUUCUUUGUGAAAGCUUUGGUAUUAAUGUAUUUUGUUCCUUGUUAAUUUAUCUAUGUUGGUAUGAUAUUUUGUACAAUAAAUACUUAAAAAAAAUUCUGUUGCAGAAUAAAUUCUUUAAAAUAAUUUUA